ACAACAUUGUUUCUGUGCCAAAAGGUUCGUCAAUAUUGUCAGCUUGGAGCGUUCGAAAGAAUAUCACGCAACUUGUGCACGAUGUUCCUAGAUAUACCUCCACACAGCACGGCUAUCCUGAUAUUCGAGGCUUCGGUUCUCUUCAUCAUCAACUUUGUAGCAUUCGUAGGCAACUUCCUCGUUUGCUUGGCUUCGUUUCGUAACCCUCAGCUCCGUACCACCACUAACUUGUACGUGAUUGCUUUGGCUAUAUCAGAUAUUCUUGCAGCCUCCAUCACCAUGCCUUUGACGUUUGGCGCCCUUCUCAAGGGUCGAUGGAUAUUCGGUACAGUGGCUUGUAACAUCCAAGGGUUCUUCGUCCAUUUUCUCAUUUAUGYUUCCAUGCAUACCAUGGCCCUGACAGCAGUCAACAGAUACUUUCGUAUCGUUAAAUCUCAUCAGUACAAGAAGAUCUUCGGAGGAAAUCGAGCGGCCGUGUUUCUGGUUCUUGUGUGGAUGUUGGUGGCCAUCAUCGUCAUUUCUCCUCCACUAUUCGGCUGGGCAAGGUUUGAAUUCCAUCCAGGUCCAUCUUUGUACAUGUGUAUUCUGUACUUCCAGACCAAAACAGGUGAAGUGUCAUUCCUUCUGACCAUCCUUGUGCUGUACGUAACAUUGUCUCUUAUAAUCAUGGCGAUAUCAUACGUCAAAGUGUCCAGAACCAUCCGCAACCAUAAUCUACAACUUGCUGGAACAAUGCGUCUUAAUAGGCGAUUCUCUGGGAUCAGCAUCGAAGAGAUCCGCAUUACAAAGACGCUUUUCGUCUUGGUUCUCGCAUUCACAUUGUGCUGGAUACCUGUUUACACUGCUGUUUCUAUAAUCAGAUCGGGCGUUGGAAGUCUCUCCGAAGAAGGCUCAAUUUUUGCUACCUACAUGAUCUUCAUCACAUCUUCAAUCAAUCCUUUCAUUUACGCCUUCAGGAACAAGUCCUUUCGGCAAGAGUUCAAGGAUAUUCUAUUCUUUCGUAAACUUAAAACUGCUCUCACGAGCGAAAGGGUUCAACCAUCCGACGAACGGGAUAACAGGACAGAGGGUAAUGGAUUGCGAGAGUUGUCGGUCCAAUGCAUUGAAAAAGAAAAAACUCGUGCAACAGCAACAAGCACGGUCGAAAUGCCUUAGUUAAAGCAGCGAUACUUUAACCGAAGAUUUCCUUCGAGAUGAAGGAUCCAUGACAAUUUGUAAAUAAGACCUAGAGGAAGACGAACAAUUUACAGGAAUUAUACAGCAUACAUGGAUUUACUUCAACGUUUUUAUAAGCUAUGGAUAUAGCGUGACUCGCUUGUUCUUUUAGAGAACUGGUCUAAUUAUAACAAUCGCUAGAAUCUGGAUUUAGAUUUUGUUUGCAAAAUGAUAAAAAGUAUCCCACUCUAGUGUCGCUUGGUAGCCAUUGAUGGGCAUAUGUAUGUUUGCGACCUGAUGGUUCUGUUAAUGAAGUUCGAUACUAAACCAAGAAUGUCACUUUUUAUUCUAUUUUAUCCGCCAAGAAUCGCCAACGAGGGAGACUCUGCUAGCAGGGAACAUUCAUAAGUGAACGUUCUACGGCCAAAGCGAAAUGAAAUUGUAUUAUUACUACGUAGCUAGUGUUCGUGCUGGUUAAAUAGCAUAGUUUUUUGUAAUAUCUAUUUCUUAUUUUGUUAUAUUGAACAAUAUGCAUGGUCGUCACGUACAUCGUUUGAAGCAACAACCUUCAAACCAUUUAUAGCUAUUUUGUCGUUAGACGUACGUCGGCCAUUGUGAUGUUUUAUUUUCGACAAGCAUCGCAAUAAACUGCUAACACAAAUCGGUUAUAUUGAGCAAAACGCGUCGUCGUCGCGCGCAUACAUCGUUAUCUUAUUCAAGCAAUGAUUUCAAACCUUCUAUAGCGGGUAUAGCUGUUGUGUCGUUAGAGGUGGGCCAUUGCGGCUGUUUCAUUUUCGUCAUUUUCAUUUUUGCCAUGGGCAUUAUACAUGGUCAUCGUCACAUCGUCGUCAUCUUAUAUUCCUUUGGUAUUUCAUUCAAACCAUUUAUAGCUAUUAUGUCGUUAGACGUGGGUCAUUGUGAUCUCUCAUUUUCACCAUAAGAUUACAACAAACUGCAAACUUUCUACAGGAUUUAAAAAGUGAUUUAUGUUUUUUUCAAGCACAUUUUUCUCGAAAAAAAAUUUUUCAUUCUGAGAAAAAAUUGCUCGAAGGUACAUAAAUCACAACUUUAAUAGCUAUCCAAGCAGCAAAAACACCUUUAUACUUUCUACAGGAUUUUACAAAUUUUAGUUAUCAUCUAUAAUAGACUAUAAUGGAAGACUAAAUUACUAAAAUAAACUACCUUUUAUCCAAGCAACAUCGUCAUAUCAUAAAAUGUGAACUCAAUGAAAUGCUCCACGCUUUUUUGUCCUUCCGUGAUCCUUCAUCGUCGU